AUGACAUCAUCUUCAAGUGCUCGUCGAAGACUCUUAUGUGGUCCUGAGGACACUUCUGUAUUAUAUCUUCACAGACAACACGUCUCUAACAAUAUAUGGGAAGGAGUUCUAACAGAAGACGUAAGCUGUAGAAGAUACAAAGGAAUCAUUUGGUAUGUUCCCAUACAUCCUCGUGUUUUGGCAGUGAUAGACGAGAUGGGGUUCGGCGGGAUAUUGAGGUGUGGUCAACCAAAAGACAUUGACCACCAUCUUAUCAUCGUAUUGAUUGAACGAUGGAGGCCAGAGACUCACACGUUUCACUUUCCAGUUGGUGAAGCGACAAUGACACUAGAAGACGUGGAGGUCUUAUGGGGCCUCAAAGUUGACGGUGAUGCUCUGACGGGUUAUCUUGGCUUUAUUCCAGAUGCAGUUGAUCUGAAAGAAAUGGUUUGGAAGCAGACAAGCUUAUCAAAUCAACUAAAGAUUGAGUUGAGUGAUGUACACCACCAGUACAUAUAUGUUCAACGUGCUCGUGUUUAUUGUCUGCUGUUACUUGGUGGUCUGAUGAUCCUGAAUGCAUCCGGAAAUAAAAUUCCAUUAUUCUACUUGCAAUUUUUCAUGGAUGUAGAACGAUGUGCUAGCUAUAGCUGGGGUGGUGCGACUCUUGCUUGUUUGUACCACAAUCUAUGUGAAGCUGCCCUUGCUAGGAGGAUCGAUGUCGGAGGAGCUCUUACUUUGUUACAUCUGUGGGCUUGGGAGAGAAUCCCAAAUAUUAGACCGCAUAUGGUCAACCGGUUCCACAGAACUGAUUUUGUGAAACAAGAUCGUCGUGGAAAAUCUAGCCAGAAUUGGGUUGAGUACUACGCCAAUCAUAAACAGGAUUGGGACAAUAGGCACAACAUGGUGUGGACUGAUGUAGAGUACUCAACUAAGCCUAUUGCAACUGAUGAGUAUAUGGAUUGGUUUCGUCGGAUAACCGAGGUGUACUUAACAAAACCUGGCGUGCAUGCUCAGGAGGGCUUCCAUGAAACGACAUCCUCUCAUAGCUACGCGGUAAAUUGA